AAUCAGGCACACAGCCGGAGCGAACAGGGCGGCUUCUGGUUUGGCGGGUCCUUUGUCUCUGGGUGCAGCCGGAGCUCCUGGUCUCCUGUUUACUGCUCUGUGUCCUGUACUCCUAAAGGCCCAGCCUCUGUGGCCCUGUGAUCUGCAGGUAUUGUGAGAUCCACAGCUAAGACACCAGGACCCCUGGAAGCCUAGAAAUGGGACCAUUGCAAUUUAGAGAUGUGGCCAUAGAAUUUUCUCUGGAGGAGUGGCAUUGCCUGGACACUGCACAGCGAAAUCUAUAUAAGAAUGUGAUGUUAGAGAACUACAGUAACCUGGUCUUCCUUGGUAUUGUUGUCUCUAAGCCAGACUUGAUCACCCGUCUGGAGCAAGGAAAAAAACCUUUGACUAUGAAGAGACAUGAGAUGGUAGCCAAGCCCCCAGUUAUGUGUUCUCAUUUUGCCCAAGACCUUUGGACAGAGCAGAACAUGAAAGAUUCUUUCCAAAAAAUGAUACCAAGAAGAUAUGAAAAACGUGGACAUGGAAAUGUACAGUUAAUAAAAUGGCGUGAAAGUAUGGAUGAGUGUAAGGUGCACACAGGAGGUUAUAAUGGACUUAACCAAUGUUGUACAACUACCCAGAGCAAAAUGUUUCAAUGUGAUAAAUAUGGGAAAGUCUUUCGUAAAUUUUCAAAUUCAAACAGACAUAAGAUAAGACAUACUGAAAAAAAACCUUUCAAAUGCAUAGAAUGUGGCAAAGCUUUUAACCUGUUCUCAACCCUUACUAGACAUAAGAGAAUUCAUACUGGAGAGAAACCCUACAUUUGUGAAGAAUGUGGCAAAGCCUUUAAGUACUCCUCUACUCUUACUACACAUAAGAGAAUUCAUACUGGAGAGAAACCAUACAAGUGUGAUAAAUGUGACAAAGCCUUUAUUGCAUCCUCAACCCUUAGUAAACAUGAGAUCAUUCAUACAGGAAAGAAACCCUACAAAUGUGAAGAAUGUGGCAAAGCCUUCAACCGAUCCUCAAUCCUUACUACACAUAAGAGAAUUCAUACUGGAGAGAAACCAUACAAGUGUGAUAAAUGUGGCAAAGCCUUUAUUACAUCCUCAACCCUUAGUAAACAUGAGAUCAUUCAUACGGGAAAGAAACCCUACAAAUGUGAAGAAUGUGGCAAAGCCUUCUUCCAGUCCUCAAUCCUUACUAGACAUAAGAUAAUUCAUAGUGGAGAGAAACCCUACAAAUGUGAAGAAUGUGGCAAAGCCUUUAAGUACUCCUCUGUCCUUGCUACACAUAAGAAAAGUCAUACUGAAGAGAAACGCUACAAAUGUGAAGAAUGUGGCAAAACCUUCAAGCAGUCCUCAUACCUUAGUACACAUAAGAUUAUUCAUACUGGACAGAAACCCUACAAAUGUGAAGAAUGUGGCAAAGCUUUUAAUCAGUCCUCAACACUUACUAAACAUAAGAAAAUUCACACUGGAGAGAAGCCUUAUGUUUGUGAAGAAUGUGGCAAAGCCUUUAAGUACUCCUGUACCCUCACUACACAUAAGAGAAUUCAUACUGGAGAGAAACCAUACAAGUGUAAUAAAUGUGGCAAAGCCUUUAUUGCAUCCUCAACCCUUAGUAAACAUGAGAUAAUUCAUAUGGGAAAGAAACACUACAAAUGUGAAGAAUGUGGCAAAGCCUUCGUUUGGUCCUCAGUCCUAACUAGACAUAAGAUAAUUCAUACUGGAGAGAAGCCCUACAAAUGUGAAGAAUGUGGCAAAGCCUUUAAGUACUCCUCUGUCCUUAGUUCACAUAAGAGAAGUCAUACUGGAGAGAAACCGUACAAAUGUGAAGAAUGUGGCAAAGCCUUCAAGUACUCCUCAGCACUUAGUACACAUAAGAUAAUUCAUACUGGAGAGAAACCCUACAAAUGUGAAGAAUGUGGCAGAGUCUUCAGGCGCUCCUCAGUCCUUAGUAAACAUAAGAAAAUUCAUACUGCAGAGAAAACCUACAAAUGUGAAGAAUGUGGCAAAGCUUUUAACCAGUCUUCAACCCUUACUACACAUAAGAAAAUUCAUACUGGAAAGAAACCUUACACAUGUGAAGAAUGUGGCAAAGCUUUUCACCUAUCUGCACACCUUACUACACAUAAGAUACUUCAUACUGGAGAGAAACCGUAUAGAUGUAGAGAAUGUGGUGAAGCUUUUAACCGUUCUGCAACCCUUUUUUCACAUAAGAAAAUUCAUUCUGGAGAGAACAAACCAUACAAGUGUGAUAAAUGUGGCAAAAUCUUUAUUUCACCCUCAAGCUUUAGUAGACAUGAGAUAAUUCAUACUGGGGAAAAACCCUAGAAAUAUGAAGAAUGUGGCAAAGCCUUCAAGCGGUCCUCACACCUUACUAUACACUGAGAGUUCUGAACUUACUCUGUAAUCAUGCCAAACUCCUCCCAGCCACAGUCUGGCAGAGGUCCUGCCAUUCCAGAGACCUGGAGGAAGAGGCCCAUUUACAGCCAUGUAGGCAGGCCUGCAGAUCUUGGCCUUUACUAUGGUCCCUGAAGUGGUUCAGUGACUCAGUUUUAGUUACGUGAGCCACAGCUUAAGGUCAGUUCUGCCUAUAUAGAAACCCACACAGUUACCUGAGGAAAUGCUCUCUGGUACUCACUGAAAGCCAUACUCAUCCACAUCUUGAUACAAGGCCCACCAUAUGCAGACCUGACUGCAAAAACAUGCCCUAGUGUCUGCCUCACAGAGCAAAGUCUUGAAGGAUAUUAGUCUGUCCAAAACUAAAAUGAAAAUUACAACUCCCCAACCCCCUCUAACAAG